GAAAACACCACAAACAUGGAAAUCGACACACUUCUGGAGGCUUUGAAAGAUUUCGAGAAGAAAGGGAAGAAGGAAGUGUGUCCCGUUUUGGACCAGUUUUUGUGCCAUGUCGCCAAGACCGGGGAGACGAUGAUACAGUGGUCACAGUUCAAAAGCUAUUUCCUCUUCAAACUGGAGAAAGUGAUGGACGAUUUUCGAGCCUCAGCCCCAGAACAGCGUGGCCCAGCCAACCCCAACGUGGAGUGCAUUCCUUUUGAGGAGAUGAAGGAGAGGAUACUGAAAAUAGUAAAUGGUUACAAUGGGAUCCCUUUCACCAUCCAGCGCCUCUGUGAGUUGCUUACGGAGCCCAAGAGAAACUACUCAGGAACAGACAAGUUCCUGCGGGGGGUGGAGAAGAACGUAAUGGUGGUCAGCUGUGUUUACCCCACCUCUGAGAAAAAUGGGUCCACCACUGUGAACAGGAUGAAUGGAGUUAUGUUUCCUGGGAACUCAUCGGCUUAUUCAGACAGGAACGUGAAUGGGCCGGGGACUCCAAGGCCACUCAACCGACCAAAGCUCUCCCUGUCCAGCUCGCUGGCAACCAACGGCCUUCCUGACAGUACAGAAAACAAGGCGGCAGUCACAGAGCCGGGUGAUGGCAACCCUCUCAGCGAUUCAUCCGUAUCAGAAGGAGACAGCACCCUGGGAAGUCCUCUGAAGAACAAGCACCCAGAGGACGAGGAUGCCAUGGAGGCGGAACAGCAUGAAGUCAAGAGGCUCAAGUUCGACCGAGACGAUGAGGAAGAGGACGACGAUGAGGAGGAGGAAGGCGGGAAGGAGGCUGCUUGUCCCUCUUUAGCUGAAAGCUCGUCAGAAAUGGCAGAGGAGGCGGAGUCUUCCUCCAGUGUCCAGGAAGAGGAGGAGAAAAAGAGUGAAGCUGCCAGUACUCUGGCUUGUGAAGACCAGGAGCCCUCGAGCACACAGAUGGAGCCCUCAUCAGGGGACAGCGGGGAGGAGAGGGCCGAGGGGGAGGUGUCGUCCGGCUCCGCAGAGAGACAAGAGGAAGCCACCGAAAUGGACCAGUCCCAACAGCAAGCUGUGGCUGGCAGCGGCGUGAGCCCGGAGGUCCAGGAAGGGGAUGAGAAUACUGACCCGGUCAGCAGCAGCAGCAGCAGCAGCGAGGACAGCGCAGCCAAUGAGGCGAGCGACGAGCCCGUCUCCGGCUCCUCCAGCAGUACGCCCGAGUCGGCAGCAGAGGGCGCUACCGAGAACGGCACGCACGCUGCAGACACGUGUGACGAGCCCAUGGAGCAAGACUAAUGGUGUACCUCUGCUUUUUACACUGUAUCAGACAACAGCUGCAAGAUCUCUGUAAAAAAGUGGACCUUUAGUUUCCAUGGAGAGGGCUGCCCUUUCAUGGGGCCCCCUGAGGGAUUCCCUCUGGGCCCCAGGCGCCUUGUUCGAACCCUGGGCCCCACCUCCAAAAGGCCACUCGUCAGUGGUUUGUGUAUAGGUUUUUAUUUGCAAUUAAAAAAGUUUUUAAACUGGAAGGUUAUUAUUUUGACAAUUAUUUUUGAAGCUCAUGACAUUUGUUUCCAUACGAGCCUUUCUGUUCCCGGCAGGUUUUCACUUGGUCGUCGUUUCAGCAUUUUACUAUUUAGGGACUCACCUCUUCAUUUGUAAAACAUAAAGCUGUGUGUUGUAUGGAUGCUGCAUUUCACUUCAUGGUAUCUCCUUUCUGUUGGUUUGUGUGUGUCAGGAGUACUCAUGUGUGACAGGACAGGGCCGAGGCCCGGGUUGAAGGGGCUCCUGUCCCGUCACAGUUAAACCCUCUGCGUUUUCACCACCACAGACCAGGAUUAGAACACAUUCCAGGAGCGCUGGUUGGUCUGCACACCAUUUCCUGUCUCCCUGGAGAUGCUUGUGCCACUGAGUUUCCAGCAGCCACAGAAGAUGCAGCUUUAGCCCCUAGAUGCUUGAAACAUGGCUGAUUUUUCAAAGGUGUUUGUUUGACCGAAGUUUUGGUUGUAGAGUGAAUGCUUUUUUUAGGUUAUAUAUUUGCAUCCAUUAGAGAAUAUUUGAUUUUGCCGAAGGUUGUGGGUAUAUUGGAGUUGCGUCCUUUCCACACUAACGUCUUUUUCCCCUUUUUUGUAUGCACAGGUCAUCAUUGCAAAGAUUACACUGCUUGACUGCAUCAAAAGAGCAAUCUAACAUAGUAAAUUUACCUUGUAUAAGAGUCAGAUACAAGAUAUAUAAUUUUGGGGUGCAUUGAACCACCGUAAUUUAUAUAAACUUUUCAACUGAAUGACCUAUUUUUUUGAACAUACUUUUUUGGCAGCCAGUUAUUGUUAAUGAUGUAAUACCAGCUGAAAGCACAACGAUUGCUUCACUCAACUUUCUCAACUGUCACAUUGAAUACAAAGCUCUUUCACUGAAGUACCCUGACAAAAACACUGGCUGCCAAAUUUGUACCUGUUUCUGCAACUGUACUUUUUUGAUAUUUAGAAUUUUUAAAUUUCUGUAAAGUAGAUUUUGUAGAUU